GUGCCGUUUAGACUUUUCCACCGCUGCUCCUGUCUGUCCUCCUCUGCCUCCCCGCGGCAUGCUUUCCCGCGAUAAAAAGCAACCGCACAGUCCAAACUAGUCCAGAGCACUCCACACCGCCUUCGCACCUCAUAACGAUGCCGGGCUCCUGGUUCUACAGGCUGCGCCGCAAGAGAAGCGCUGCUGCAGCUGCCGCCGCCGCCGAUGAAUCGGCAAGAGAUCUCGCGAGCAAGCCGCCGGGAAGCGAUCGUGCUCCGGCGGCGCCGUUGGCGGCGAACAGAGCGUCCUACUACGUGCCGAGUGGAGACCGUCGUGGUUGCACCGGCAGCACCAAGGGCGGCGGCCAUGGCCAUGGCAGCCACCCUAAGGUCCGGGACACGCGGUUCCCGCUUAGCCCGCAGCGGCAGCACGCGGACAUCGUCUUCGACGUCGACCGCUCCAGCUUCGGCCUGGUCAAGAAGGCCAUGCCGAUGCCGAUGCCGAUGCCGACGCUCCCGGAGCUCGAUCUCAAGCUGCGGCCCAUCCUCACCAGGCCCGCCGCCACCAGCCCCUCGGACGGCGUCGCGGCAUCGCCGGCCAUGUCGCCGACGGCCAGGCUCAUGCGGCGGCGGAAGCUGAGCGGCGGGGGGAAGGGGAUGAAGGAGCAGAGGCGUCCGGCGUGGCGGCGGUGGCUGCGGGAGAGCUUGGUGGUGGUGAAGGAGUCGGCGGACCCUGAGGAGGAUUUCCUUGCGAGCAUGGCAGAGAUGAUGAUGAUGGCGGCCGCUGACGACGGAGACGACCGGGGACUGGAGGAGCUGCUGGCGUGUUAUCUAGCCCUCAACGCCGCCGACCACCACCGCGCCAUCGUCGCCGCCUUCCGCCGCGCCUUACUGGCUCCUCCACGGCUCCACGCGACCAUCGGCCACGGCCAAAGCAAAGGCCGCGAACGCUAGUUAAUUAGACUCAAUACGUUCUCGAAUCUCGAUCGGCUGCUGCUACGAGAGUAAGGUCGUGCAAUAUACCUGCGUUCAGUUUUUUCGUUUUUGGAACAACUCUGUUUUCUGUUGUUUGCCGAUGAUCAAUCCGUUGAUGCUAUUGCUGUGCACGCAUGGAUCUACGCAUGGACGCACCUGUACAAAAUUCUGUUUUUUCAGCUUACUGAAUACUGAUGUCUGAUAGUACUACAA